AUGCUGUUCCCCUCUGCGGCCCCCCCCGCCCAGGCCCUGGGCAGCCUCCUCCUCGCCUUCGGCCUCUGGGUCCUCUUCGACCGGCAGAGCUUUGCCGCCGUGCUGGGGUCGCCGCUGUACAGCCUGCGGGUCUGGUCCUACAUCUUCUCGGGGGUCGGCAUCGUGACGAUGCUGCUGGGCUUCCUGGGAUGCCUGGGCGCCCUCAAGGAGAUCAAGGCCAUGCUGCUGCUGUACUUUGGGAUCCUGCUGCUGCUCUUUGCUGCCCAGAUCACGGUGGCGGUCAUCGUCUACACGCAGCGUGUUACCCUGGCCGCCAAGGUGGCCACCUACGUGCAGGAGCUGAUCCGGGGGUACCCAGCCCAGGGACCACCCGGGGACCCCCAUGAGAGCUGGGAUGCCAUCCAGCAGCAGCUUGCUUGCUGUGGCUGGAAUGGACCCCAGGACUGGAACCGCCUCGACGGCCCCCCCAGGGAUGGGGACGGGGCCAUCGCCUGCUCCUGCCUCAAGGCGCUGGCGCCCAACGGCACACAUGGCUCCCCCCCAGCACUGCCCCAUGGCUUCUGCCCCAUGGCUGCCUCCCAGGACAUCUUCCCCAUGGGCUGCGCUGAGAGCGUCAAGGGCUGGCUGGCCGAAAACCUGGUCACCGUCGUGGGGAUCUGCCUGGGCAUCGGCCUGCUGGAGCUCUGCCUGCUGAUGCUGUCGAUGUUCCUGGUCAGGAACCUGGACCCCGACUACGAGAAACUGCUGCGGGGGUUCUGAGGGGGGGCCGGGCCGGAGGGGGCACCGCGGGGCUCCCCAAUCUCUGUUCUCCCUUGGCUCUCGGUCAA